AUGGGUUUCAUCGACUUCGUUUCCGACGCUGGCCUCACUCUCCUUGAGAACUGGACCAAGACCCGUUCCUACAUUGUUGGCUACGGUCCUUCCCAGGCCGAUGUCAAGACCUUCCAGGCCCUGAAGGCUUCNCCCGAGGUCGCCAAGUACCCCCACGCCUACCGCUGGUACAAGCACAUCGCCUCUUUCGAGUCCGAGUUCUCUUCGCUCCCCGGUGACCCCACCAAGGAGUUCACUGCUUACGGCCCCGAGUCCGCUGAGCUCACCGUCAACCCUUCCAAGGCCACCGCCAACGCUGAGGAGGAGGACGAUGACGACGUUGACCUCUUCGGUUCGGAUGACGAGGAGGAGGAUGCCGAGCACGCCCGUAUCCGUGAGGAGCGCCUCAAGGAGUACGCCGCAAAGAAGGCCGGCAAGACGAAGCCCGCUGCCAAGUCGAUCGUCACCAUGGACAUCAAGCCCUGGGGUGAGUUUCACUGUAUCAACAAACAAUUGACCUCUUAUACUGACCAAUUCCGUNNAGACGAUGAGACCGACAUGAAGCAGCUCGAGGCCAACGUCCGUUCCAUCGAGAAGGACGGUCUCGUUUGGGGUGCCUCCACCCUUGUCCCCGUUGGUUACGGUGUCAAGAAGCUCCAGAUCAACUUGGUCGUCGAGGACGACAAGGUCUCGCUCGAUGAGCUCCAGGAGCAGAUCGCCGAGGACGAGGACCACGUCCAGUCCAGUGACAUUGCUGCCAUGCAGAAGCUGUAA